AUGAGUUCCCAACAGAGAGACGAAAAACUGCUGACUAACAGGGUUCCCAUCAAGAAGGGACCAUCCCAUGUGUUGUCUUUGGGAAGUGUGCCCGACACAGGCAGCCGGCUCUAUCCUUAUGGUCCCCAGUAUCAGGACAGAAGCACCCCCAAGGCAGAUGAUGGAUCAUCUCCUGAGAUCUUCAUCUCAGAAUUCUUCUUCUUUUAUGGGAGGAAAUAUCAUUCCCUUUACGUGAACAACAAUGGGGUGGUGUCCUUUGGCAACCCUGUCAGUCAGUUCACCCCAGAUCCUUUUCCUCUGAUGGAUGGCCGAACCUUUGUAGCUCCUUUUUGGGCUGAUGUGGAUAAUCGUAUCACAGGGGAGGUCUACUACAGGCAGAGCCAAGACCAGAGGCUGCUGCAGAGAGUCACGGCUGCUAUAAACACUUACUUUCCACACGUGACGUUCACAGCUACCUGGGCCUUUGUGGCUACCUGGCAUCAAGUGGCUUUCUACGGAUCCUUGUCCACCAAGGUGAACACAUUUCAGGUUUUAACUUCCAAUGGGAAAAUGUCUUUUGUGAUGCUGAAUUACCAGGAUAUCCAGUGGAUAUCAGGCCAAGCAAGCGGUGGAGAUGCUUACACAGGCUUAAAAGGCACACCUGCCCAGGCUGGCUUUAAUAAUGGUGAUGCUGACAAUUACUUCAACAUUCCUGGUUCUUGGACUCCAAGCAUAGUGAACAUCAGCUCAACAAGCAAUGUCGUAGACCCCGGGCGCUGGAUAUUUGAAGUGGACGUUUUUGCAGUGCCCAAUGGAUGUGUGUACAAAGGUGCUCGAUAA